AUGAAGAUGCUGAGAUGGAUGUGCGGCGUCACCAGGCUCGAUAGGAUCCGCAACGAGUACGUGCGAGGCAGCCUGGGCGUGCGCGACAUCGCGGACAAAAUGCAGGAAAGUAGGCUGCGAUGGUAUGGGCACGUAGGGAGAAGACCACCAGACUACGUCGGAAAUUUAGCACUACGAUUCUCCAUCCCCGGUAAGAGAGGCAGAGGAAAACCGAAGACAAGAUGGAGGGACGUAGUGCUAAAAGAUAUGGCUGAGUGCAGAGUGUCCGAAGACGACGUCAAGGAUAGGGCGAAGUGGAAGCGGUUGACAAGGAAAGCUGACCCCACCAACCCACCACCAUGUGGGAUUAAUAGCUUGGAAGAGAGAGACUAUGUAAAUGACUGCUAA